CUGAGGUAUUUUCCGGACACACGUCAUGUGAUUGAACCGUGGGCUUUUAUUGGUCAGUUUCUACUCCGUGUUUAUUUCCGGAAGCAAGUUCUGUCAGUGUCAGACUUUCCAUAAGGAUUAUUAAACCUCAAAUCUACAGCGCCGGAAAGACAGGUGUGUCCUCUUCCACAGGAUGGCACAUUGGUUUCACAGAAACCCACUGAAGGCAACAGCGCCUGUGUCCUUUAAUUUUUAUGGAGUGGCAGGGAGCCCCGCUGCCAAUAAGAUAUGCAAUGACCUGAGGACAACGAGGGCGAGACUGCUGGAGAUGUUCACUGAUGUCACCUGCAACCCUGAGAUCAUGAAGAAUGCCACAGAUGCAUACUUCUCCCUCCUACAAGGCUUUAUCUUAUCCUUGGAUGGAACUACACAGGAGAAUAAGAUGAGGUUCUUCCAGAACUUCAAGUGGACUGACACCUUACAAGGAAACACACCAAGUGCCCAGCAGGAUGCAGUCUUUGAACUGGUCUCCAUGGCCUUUAAUGUAGCUCUCUGGUACACCAAGUUUGCCUCAAGACUAGCAGGGAAAGAAAACAUAACGGAGCCUGAAGCGAAAGAUGUUCACCGGAGCCUGAAAGUUGCUGCUGGUAUAUUCAAAAACCUCAAGGAGGUCCACAUCCCUCGUCUCAUCACCCCAGCUGAAAAGGGCAGAGACCUGGAGCCCAGAGUGAUUGAUGCAUAUAUCAUUCAGUGCCAAGCAGAGGCGCAAGAAGUGACAAUUGCCAGAGCGAUUGAACUGAAGCACAAUGCCACACUCAUCGCAGCGUUGGCAUUUGAGACGGCAAACUUCUAUCAAAAAGCUGACCACACGUUGAACACCUUGGAGCCGGAGUGCAGUAGCAAGUGGAGGAAGUAUCUUCAGCUGAAGCAGCACUUUUACAUGGCUUAUGCAUACUGCUAUCAUGGACAGACACUGCUGGCGAGUGACAAGUGUGGUGAGGCUAUAAGAUCUCUCCAGGAGGCGGAAAAGUGUUACUCCCGUGCCGAGGCGCUGUGUAAAGAGUAUCGUCAGACCAAAGGCCCGGGCACCACAGCCAAACCAUCAGAGCAGCUGUUCUUCCUCAAACUGGGCGGCGUCAUUAAAAACACACUGGAGAAGUGCCAGAGAGAAAAUGGCUUCAUAUACUUCCACAAGGUCCCAGCUGAGGCACCCCAGCUGGAGUUGAAGGCAAGUUACGGCCUGGCUGAGCCAGUCCCCUUCGAGCUGCCGCCCCUCACUCAGCAGUGCACUGCUGAAGUCUAUGCCACCUUUGACCUGACCAAGGGAGCCAAAAAUGACAAGGCCAAACCCAAGGAGGAGGAGGUGAAACCAGUGAAGGAGCCAGAUUUGAAGCCUCAGAAGGACACAGGCUGUGUCGUCUCCUAAACUUUCCACAGAUUCCAUUUUCAGCCUUGUGCUUCAGUACCAUCUAUUGCGAUGAUGGCAUCCAUAUUUCUUUUCAUGUAAACCUCCAUAAGAAAAAAUGUAAUUUUUUUUGUAAUAUUAAUCCAUGGUGUUUUACAUUUAUGCUGAAACAUGUGUAUUGUAUUUGGGUAUGACAACCAUUAUCCUUGCAUCUAAACCAGAGCCAGUCACAUCCUCUGAACAGCUCAUAGCUUCUCAUAAAGAAAACAUUUUAAAAGAUGGAAAGUUCUGUCAGGUUAUUGUUGUUAUUAUUACAUGUCAGCUGAAAGGAUUACUUUUAAUUAGGUCUUUACAUGAGGUAAUUUCAAGUGGAACGAUUAUAAAUAAGCCUUGUUGGUGAAGAAGUUGUUAAUGGUGCCUUUGGCUGCAAUGUAAACCUGUUCACUGUGGCCCCUUACAGAAGUGUCUGGUGUCUAACCUUCUUGGCACUGUAGUUCUCUGGCCUGUAACAUGGCCUGAAACAUGCUAAGAAAGUAGUAGCAACUGAAAUGAUAAAACAACAUAAUAUUUUGAAUAUUUACUACAUGGAAUAUGAUGCAACCAUCCAGAAUGAGUCAAUGCAGGGAAAUUGCAUUUCCACAAUCAGUCUGUAUUCUACAAUAGUUUUAGAAGAUUUGAAUGCAUUACAAGCUGAGAUGUUCAGAAAUUUGUUCAAACACACUUAUGAUAAUUCACAGAAUUUAAAUGUAAAUCAACAAUGGACAGACAAAAUGAACAAGACUGCAUGUGUUAUACCUGGUGCAAUUGGUUUGUUUUAGCUGUAGCAGUUUACAAUCAAUAUUUGAUUUAGAUCACAUGAUGUAUGUAUGUAUUGUAGUUCUUUUUGUACAUGACAUGACAUAGCAGUUUGUUUUUUUUACCUCUACUAUUCAUUUAAGAACAUUUUAUUACUAGACGAGGCUGAAUCAUUCUUUAACAUGCUUCGGGAUUCUGUGAUAUAUCCCUUUAUAAUAGUAGGUCUUAAUUUAUUUCUAUUGUUAUGUUGUUGUGUCAUGAUAUUUUAGUUGGGAACUUAAAACACUCUAAAACACUGUAUGGCAGCAUACAAUUCUAUGUAACUCCAAUCAUAUGUUUUUGGUGAUGUUGAUCUUCAUGUUUCAGUGGAUACACCAGAUACACUGAUACAUACAGUAAAAAGCUUACUCUUGUAAACUGUUCUGUUGCUGAAAGAGUGCUGUUGUCAAUAGUUGACACAAUGUAUGUACUGUACAUUUAUUGAGUGGUAUCCCCUUCCUUAAAGACAAAGAUCAGGGCAUGAGCAUUAUCAGAUUCCCGGGGUAGGAGGGAACGUGAACAUCUGGCCUAAAAUUCUUUGAUGUGCUGCUGAAGAGCUGCUCCAGCUUUUUCACAGAAUUUGCCGCUCUCCCACUUUGAAAAUAAAGUCAUGUCGGUUAAAGCAUAACUAGCAAUUGCUGGAAACUUGUAUAAACUGUAAUAUACUUCUCACAUGUACUAAUUUAUGCCCCUACAUGUAUAUUAGCUUACCUGAACUAGACUACAACAGCAGUGAAAAGGAGACAAGCUAACUUUAUCACAUAAUUUCAUUAUAGCACAUUGUAACACCUUUGCAUUUUAUAUUUAGUUGUGCAGGGAUUUCAGUGGGGAUCUAAUGGAAUUAUAAUGGUCAAGGCGUUUAAUCAUUGUUCAUUAUAUCUGGAACAGCGAAUUCUACAUUGCAGAAAUCAGACCAAUGCUAGUCCUCAAUCCUUUUUAAGGCAACUGUUAAAAGGGCGUGCCAGAUCAGCAUUACAGUGUACUCUCCUGUAGCUCAUUAUUCCUCCUCUAAUGGUGUUCAUGUAAAAUGUAUUUCAAAUGCUAUUAAAUCAUCCAUAAAACUC